AUGACGACCGAAACUGUGACCACGAAAGCCAUCAUUUCGCCACCAGCUUCAGAGUUGGAGGAUGUACGUGCAGAGACAUCGGUGGACUAUAACAGAGAGCAGUACAAGUAUGCUGCUUAUUUGCCACACUACACUCCAGGUCUUCAACCGGCCUUGGAAGAAUUUGAGCACAACGAUGUCGGCCUUCGCGCUGAUCCGGAGAAGAAGGCAUUGCUUAGUGCACCUGGCGCGACCUUCAAGGAGAUCACCCCGGCCAUUGGCACAGAGGUUCGUGGUCUUCAACUGAGCGAGCUGACAGAAAAGCAAAGGGACGAGCUGGCGCUCUUAGCAGCAGAACGAGGUGUGGUUAUUUUCUUCGAUCAAGACUUUGCAGACAUUGGUCCAGAUCGGCAGCGGGAGUUUGGGGCCUAUUUCGGCAAGCUCCAUGUUCACCAGAUUGGAUCGCAGAUCAAGGGCUAUCCUGAAUUGCUCCCCGUUUAUCGAGAUUUCGUGGCUGGGGCGGUUGACAAUGAAAUCAAAAACAAUGUCAGCAGCAUCAAGUGGCAUUCUGACAUGAGCUAUGAAGUCAAUGGAAUGGGAACGACCAUCUUCCUCCCUUUGGAUGUUCCAGAGUCUGGUGGGGAUACAUUAUAUCUGUCGACAACCGCAGCGUACAAUGCAUUGUCUCCAGCCUUCCGCGAGUUUCUGCAUGGGAAAUACGCGACCCACUCCGGCUUUUCCCAGGCUGCCGUGCAUGAACAUCGCGAACGCUACAUCCGGGAGCCGAUUGAGACGCUUCAUCCAGUCGUGCGGACUCAUCCUGUAACCAAAGCAAACUCACUCUAUGUGAACCGGUUGUACACGCGGAGGAUCGCAGAUCUGAAGGAAGAAGAAAGCGCCACCAUCUUAAACUUUCUCUAUAACCACAUCGAACAUGGGCAAGACUGGCAUAUUCGAGUCCAUUGGCUUCCCGGAAUGGUGCUGGUGUAUGACAACCGCAAUACGCAACAGUAG